GCGAAUCACAACUAGUCAGUUUUCUUUUUUUCAUGAUCCACCCAACUCUAAAAUCUGAUUUUUUUUAAAUGACAGCCUUCUAUGAAUCAAUUUGUCGAUGUUUUAUCCGCUUAUCUUUCUUGAUACAAGAAAAAAAAAAUUAAUUUCUGUAUGUUACACACCAUUAUAAAAAAACCCUUUUUUCAUUUUUCACCGUGUCAGUUUUUUUUUUCUUUUUUCUCGGGGGAUAAUGACCGGCUCCGCUCUACACUACUUUUUUAUUUUCCGUAGAGAGUUACAAACACCAUUAAUUAUGCUAUUCUUUUGAUUGGUUGACAGGUGUGACGUCGUUAAUCCCAAAACAAAAAAACUUUUUUUGUUUCAACCUUUUAUUUUCUCACUGUGUUAUAAAGUCAAGCCAUUAACUGAUCAUGACGGACGCAGCUACAAAACGUAGAAAGAUAAGACCAAAUAAUGUCAUUGCGCUCAACAAAGCUUUAAAUCAAAUACCAACACCAACAGCCCCGCCUCCUGCGGCUGAAAAGGUGACACCCAUUGUUGAGAAAGUAAAAGAUACUGAGAGCACCUCCGAAGCAGAUAAAGCCGAGAAAAAAGCUCAACGAAAAGCAGACAAAAAGGCUGCUAAAAAGGCAGCCAAAAAGGUAGCCAAAAAAGCUACUCGAAAAGUAGAAAAGAGAAAGGCUAAAGUACUUGAAUCCGACAAUGAGCAAACUGAACCUGUGAAGCAAGCAGAUGAAACACCUAAAGUUGUGGAACCCAUGGUGACAACGCCUUCAAAACCUAAAUUAUCCACACCAGUAGCAAGAUCCUAUUCAUCCGCUUCAGAUUCCGACGAAACCGACGAUGAAAGACGUACACUGUAUACUCAAAAGAUUAAACAACAGAAGAUCGAAAAGCAAAAGGCUGAGCAACAAAGAAUUGAGAAACAAAAGGCUGAGAAACAAAAGGAAGCAGCAGCAGCCGCUGCACGCGAAGUUGGUCAGCUCUCGCAGAAAAAGAAAGCCACCGAGAAGAAGGUGAUUGCAAAGACAAGAGUUGAAAAGAAAAAGGUUGAAAAGGAGAAUAGUAAAGUGGUUACCCCUGAUUCCCAGUCAGACUCUGAGAGCGAAGAUGAAACAGCACCAACAAAAAAAAAGACCGUCUCCAAAGACAUCAAAUUGGACACGCCACACAGAGAUGCAUCUCGCCUUGUAUCCAACCGUAUUUCAUUCCGUAAGACACGUGAAUUUGAUGCAAAGAAGACUGGAGCGGAAAAUGUGGCAGAACGUCUCAGUGACUUAUUCGUGCCUGAAGUCAAUGACAAUUACUUUGUUUCUGACUCGGAAUCAGACACCGAUUCAGGAGAAGAUUAUGAAGUUAAGGAAUAUCCUACUUGGCAGCGUAAUCUCAGUCGUACUCACGAUCAAGCCACAGAUCCUUGGCCUGUACAAAGAAAGUUUGGUUAUUCAGACACAUUAAAGUUGGAGAAAAGAAUUAAAAAAAUCUGCAGACGUGAAGGAAUCACAUUUCAAGGUGUACAGGAGAUCUUCACCAAGGAUUGCCGUACAGAAUAUAUCAGGUUCUUUCAAAAGAUCGCCAAACCAUUCCCAAACGUGUCAUUGAAUGCUUUAGCAAGACAAUGUAAAAACAUGUAUCAUCAAAAGAAAAAGAACGUCCCUUGGACACCCGAAGAUGUUAAGCAACUAGAAGAGUUAUUGAAGGUCUACGGUCAAAGCCCGAUUGUGAUUUCACAACAUAUGGACAGAUCACCUAAAAAUAUUUCCGAUUACCUGUACACUCAUGGUGCCACCGAGAAGAAGAGUCUUCAACGUUGGUCAAAAGAAGAGGAUAUUUUGCUUGCUAAGGAAGCCAGUAAAUUAGACAUGACUGACAAACGAUUAGAUUACUCUCCCAUUGUAAAAGCAUUCGAAGGAACACGAACGAUGAAACAAAUCCAUGCUAGGUUUUACAGGCUUCGUCAUUUAAUCCAACCCGAUGGCACUCUUGCAGAAAAAAGAAAUGCAACUCCGUAUGAAGAGCUCAAGUAUUUAAAAAAAUUAUUGGCACAGGUCAAAGAGCACAAACUUGUGGAAGAAUCACAGUUGGAUUAUACUAAGGACAGAGGAUUUGUUGACAAGAGCUUCUAUUUGAAUAAUCGUGCCUUGAUUAAGGGUUUUGAAACAAUGAAAAUUAAAGAUAUUCUUGAACAACUAAUUGAGAAACAAAACAAAAUCAUUGCAUCUCGUAGAGAAGAGAAAUUGUUGGGUUCUGACCCAGAGCCAGACCAGGAUUAAGAAGUAAUUGACGAAACACAAUUCAGAAAUAUGUAUCAGAAAGCAGUAAAAAUAAAAAAGUAAAUCCAAGCUCAGAUGAUCUUUUUUAUACCUAAAACUAAAUGUUUGUAGUACCAUAUGAAAGAAUAAGCCACUGUUUUACAUAGUAUAUAUUUCAUAAAAAAAA